AUGAAACUAAGAUAAUCAGAGUUCAUUAGGACUUCUAUGAUUCCAGAGCCUUCUACUAAUUGGUAGAAGUUCGAGUAUUUCUUGUGGAAAGACUUUAUUUCUCUGGCCUAUUAACACUUAAAUUCUGCACCUUGGGCAAACAAGCAUGCCGUUGCUGCUUGGAGAAUUCUAGCCUUUUUGUACUUAUUUGGAUUAGCAAUAUGGACAAUAGCUGAUGAUCCUAAACUUUGCUGGAUAUAUUUUACUAAAUGGGGAGUGUUUAUCACUACAAUAACUUAUGGGAUACUUGCAGCUUAUUAAGUUAGAUAAUACAUUCUAAUAAGAUCUAAGAAAUCUGUGCUACAACAUUAUUAAAACUUUUACUCUCCAUGGUUAUUGUGGAAAUGGGGUAUAAUAUUCUAUGAGAGUGCAUUUACCUUUGAAGUUGUUAUUACCCUAUUCUUUUGGGCAAUACUUUACCCUGAUUCAGAUCAUUCAGAUCCUAAUAAUUUAAGAAAUAACUUGUUGCUACAUGCCUCUCCGAUAGUAGUUCUUGUCACUGAUUAUGUUAUAAAUAGGAUUCCGUUUUAAUUCAAGCAUUUGCCUUUGUCACUAUUUAUUCUAAUUGUAUAUGGACUUGUAAAUAUGAUAUAUACAUUGACAUCUGGUACUCCAGUUUAUCCUCCUUUAAACUUUAAAGAUGGAAUGACUGCUGUUUGGGUAUUAGUACUAUUUUGUAUUGAAACAGGAACAUAUACUGGAAUGUAUUUCUUAACAAGAUGGAAAAUUAGAAAAUACAGGCUAUUGGAUGCAGAUUCAAGCAGUGAACUCACAAUAUUUGAAGUCACCUCUAAUCUAAAUUCCUUUGGUAAAUCAAAUGAUAACACACAUUCUAAACUCAUAGAGAGCGCAGAGCCUUCUCCAUGA